AGUUGUGAGUUUAGUAACACAGAGUAACUGAGAGCCACCGGAGAAGAAGAUCACAGUUGGCCACCAAUAGCGUGCGAACACCGAUUCAGAAACAUGGCAUCACAGCGAUAUUGGCAUCUUUUUGCGAUGCUGAUUUGGAUUCUCCAAAUGCUCCUUCCUUUAUGUUUAGCGAGAAAAGCUCCAAGAUUAUUAAUUUUCAACACCGCCUUUGUGGCAUUCACGGGCGAAGAUCUCUACGUUCAUUACGAGCUGAACAUCCCCGCCAACCAAAGCAAAGACGUCUUGACGUGCUUUGACCCUGAACAGCGGCAGAUUUUAAGACACGAAGUCGCUGGAACUCCAGGCCACGCGGUGUCCUACAAGGCCGUGCUGGACCUGAAAAUGCUCAUUAAUUCGGGGGAAUAUCAUUGCCGGUAUAAGGUGGCCAAAGUGUACUGGUUUCUGCGACUGAGAGUCGUUUGUGACGUCACCGUCUGCAGAAUAACCUUUCGUGGCUUCACUGAUGGUGACGCAAGAUGGCACACAUUGAACCCUUUUAACCGAACAAACGGUUUGGCAUUUGCCUGGAAGCGACUUCCCAUCCACACUGGGAAACACACAACAGAACAACCCAGUUUUUUUUUCCCCCUCUGCAUGGAAUGUUGUAAAUCAGAGUUGUGGCAAAGUGGCAGCAAUGAAGGCUACAGGGAAGUCGUUGUGGAGGACUACACAGACUUCAUGGUGGUGGCCUUCUUCAGCGGUGUGUUGCUGGUUUUUAGUGUGGUCAGCUCUGUUUAUGUCUUCAGAGGAACUUGGAAACAACAAAUGCCCAAGUGUGGCAAUCCAAGCAACGAUCGAAAGCAGAACAAAGAACAGACCCAAGCAGAAAAGCCUGAGGGUGACACUAUGAGUGUAAUAAUAACUUCUUCCACAUCGCUCUAUGCUAGUCUAGAGCCACGACCUCGGUCCAUUUAUGAUGUGCUGGAGCGCUCAGCUGUCGACAAGCCUGCUCCCAAGCCAAAAACAGGCCAGAGACCGGUCGGUGUGGACUCCUGCUGCUUUAUCACACGUUCAGAAAUGUAUGAGAAGAUAAACAAACUUCUUUUCGCUCCUCAGGUGGAACAACGCACACCAGCACAAGAUGAAGGGGUAUUUGAGUCUGUCUAUGAGAAUUUCUGAAUUAUAAAGAAUCCUGAUUCAACCCUGGCUGACAUUGUCACCCAUAAAUAAAUGAAUUGUAUUUAUAAACGCAGACGUAUUUCCACAUUUAAAUGACUGAAAGUAUCAAAAUCCCGAUGUAAAAAUAUACUCAUAUAGGCCUACCUCAGAACCAUAGUACACAGGCAAAAUUCUAAUGUAAAUCUAUCUAUAGUGUCAGUGACUCACUAUAUGAUGUUAAAAACCCAAGAAUAUUUUCCAUGAACUGUAGCGAGCCAGAAAAUGCUUAAACCUAUUCCACAUCAAUGUUCAGCACCUUCUCUGUAUAAAUGAACUGUUUAUGGAUAGUUUUCCCGUGACGUCACGCGCCUCUGGACACGCCCGCGGCCGCCAUAUCGAAGCGUUGUUUGAUAUUGAUUGUUUGAAUAGAUACAUUUGAUAGGCAACGUCAAAAAAUGGUGAGUCAGUGUGAUGUUUGGCUGCAACAAUACAGGCAGGAAGGACAAAGUCGCGUAUAAAUGUUUACCUUGACCAAUUUUGAAUCAGGAUGACAAGACUGAGCAUUUGUCAGGGAAAAGACAUGAAUUGCAGCCAGAUUCCCAGAGAGAGAAAGAAAUAAAAAUGACUAUUUUAUUACCUUUACAAUUAAGUACAACAAAAUGUAUAUUAUAUAAUUAGUAUUUUCUAGAUAUGUAUACAUCUGUAUAUUUUUAUACAUAUAACUACUGUAUAUAUCUAUGUAUAUACGUUUAUAUACUGUAUAUAAUGGCUGAAAGUAAAAGACUCCCUGGCCUCUAAAGUAAAAUAACUAAAAUUGUCAGGCUACAUUUGUAGAGUAUUUUUCUGUUUGUUUGGGGGUUCUUUUUGUUUUGUUUUUAUUUGAACCAAAUGUUAUGUAUUAUUAGUACAUAUUUUGAUGUUGACAAUAAAGUAACCCUCGUGAAAA